UGGCGGCCUCUCGAAUUUCCCGGGUUGGGCGCGCGGGGUCUGCCGGGAAGCUCUCGGGACGGUUACCCACCGGGCCAGCAGCAGUCCGGAGUGGGGUUUCGACAUGCAGAGCACUGACCUGGGCAACAAGGAGAGCGGCAAGAUAUGGCACCGCAAGCCAUCGCCGGCUACUCACGACGGAAUUAUAGUGAACAUUGUUCACAGCACUUCUGAAUACCAUCCAAAAGUUUUGCGGUUUUUGAGUGUGGCUUUUGAUGGCUCAGGCGAUUCCUUUAUUGCUGGGGACCAUCUGGGAAACAUCUAUACUUUUGACUUGCAUGGAAACAGGUUUAAUCUUGUUCAGCGAACAGCCCAAGCGUGUACAGCUCUGGCCUUUAAUCUUCGUAGGAAGUCUGAGUUCCUUGUGGCAUUAGCUGAUUAUUCUAUUAAAUGUUUUGAUACAGUCACUAAGGAGCUGGUUAGCUGCAUGAGAGGACAUGAAUCGUCAGUGUGUUCCAUCUCUGUGCACGCAUCCGGGAGAUACGCCAUCACUACUUCCUCUGACACAGCUCAGCUCUGGGACUUGGAUACUUUCCAGAGGAAAAGAAAGCUGAACAUCCUCCAGUCUGUUGGGAUACAGAAGGUUUUCUUUCUACCAUUAAGUAACAUCAUCCUCAGCUGCUUUAAAGACAACUCCAUCUUUGCCUGGGAAUGUGAUACUCUGCUUUGCAAGUACCAACUGCCAGCUCCACCUGAAGGUUCUAGCAUGUUAUACAAAGUGUUUGCUGUGACCAGAGAUGGCCGAAUGUUGGCUGUUGGAGGCAAAUCCAAUCACCUGCAUUUGUGGUGCUUGGAGGCCACACAACUCUUCAGAAUCAUCCAGAUGCCAACGAAGGUUCGAGCUGUUCGCCAUCUGGAAUUCCUGCCUGAUAGCUUUGAUGCUGGAUCCAAUCAGGUUCUUGGUGUGCUAAGUCAAGACGGGAUUAUGAGAUUUGUCAACAUACAAACUUGUAAACUUCUCUUUGAAAUUGGGAGCAUUGAAGAAGGAAUUAGCUCAUCAGUAAUUAGCCCACACGGUCGGUACAUAGCAUCUAUUAUGGAAAAUGGAAGUCUGAACAUAUAUUCAGUUCAAGCUUUGACACAAGAAAUAAAUAAGCCACCUCCUCCUCUAUUUAAAGUGAUUGAAGAUUUGCCCAGUAGUUCCAGUAAUCUUAAGAUGAAAAUAAUGCCAGGAAGAGUCCAGCGGUCAGCAAGAUGUAAAGAAAGCAAAAUUCAAACUAGAAUACUCAAGCAAGACCUGACCAGUAAUUUAGAAAACAAGGAGAAUAAAUUGUCAGAAGGAUUAAGUAGAAAACGUUUGCAAAUCUUAUUAAAAGGCUACGGGGAAUAUCCAACAAAAUACAGAAUGUUUAUUUGGCGCUCUUUACUCCAACUGCCUGAAAACCACGCUACGUUUAGUAGCUUGAUGGAUAAGGGGACGCACGUGGCUUAUCUCAACCUUCAGAAGAAAUACCCCAUCAAAAGUAGAAAACUGCUGCGAGUACUGCAGAGAACCCUCUCUGUAUUAGCUCACUGGUCUACGAUCUUCGGCGAAAUACCCUAUCUUCCACUCUUGGCAUUUCCAUUUGUGAAGUUAUUCCAGAACAAUCAGCUCAUCUGUUUUGAAGUUAUUGCUACUCUCAUAACCAAUUGGUGUCAACAUUGGUUUGAGUACUUUCCUAACCCUCCCAUCAAUAUUCUUAGUAUGAUAGAAAAUGUUUUGGCAUUUCAUGACAAGGAACUACUGCAGCAUUUUAUAGAUCGUAACAUAACUUCCCAGCUAUAUGCCUGGCCUCUCCUGGAAACUCUGUUCUCAGAAGUGCUGACGAGAGAGGAGUGGCUCAGACUCUUUGAUAACGUCUUCUCCAAUCACCCUUCCUUCCUGCUGAUGACCGUGGUGGCCUACAACACCUGUUCUAGAGUGCCCUUGCUCAGCUGCACGCGUAAGGAUGACUUUGAGUAUUUUUUUCACCAUCGGAAUAACCUGGACAUAAAAGUUGUAAUUAGAGAAGUUUAUCAGCUGAUGGAGACCACGCCUGCUGAUAUUCAUCCAAAUAGCAUGCUGGAUGCUUUUGCUGCAUUAACAAAAGGGCAAUAUCCCAUAUUUAAUCAAUAUCCAAAGUUUAUUGUGGACUAUCAGACACAGGAACGAGAAAGGAUAAGGAAUGACGAACUGGAUUUCUUGAGAGAGAGGCAGAGAGUUGAAAAUAUGAAAGCUGAAGUGGAUGAGCAGAAAGCUGAGGAUGAGGCGUGGUAUCAGAAGCAAGAGCUGCUCCGUAGAGCUGAGGAGACAAGAAGAGAGCUGCUUCUGCAGGAGGAAGAGAAGAUGGCCCAGCAGAAACAAAGGCUAGCUGCUGAGAAAAGAGAGCUGAAGAUAAAGGAAAUAUGCUUACAGGAUGCUGCUAGGAGACGUUUACUGAAGGUUCAGCAAGAUCAAUGUGAAAUGGAGCUACGCAGGCUGGAGGAUGAAAUUAAGAGAAAGGUCCAAAUGAGAGAUCAGGAAAUUGUGGCCACAGCCAACGAUCUGGAAAUGAGACAGCUGGAACUCGAAUCACAAAAACGGCUUUAUGAGAAGGAUCUUACUGAAAGACAAGAUACUGUUGCGAAGGAAAUUCGAGAAGAUGCAGACGCCUAUAGGCAAAAAAUGGCUGUGGAAGAUCACAUGUUCCAGGAGCUGCUAGAAAGCAGCCAGAUGAGGAGCAUGGAGGCUCGGAGGGUAACAGAGGACAAUUUGGCAAAGGCCAAGCAAGCCUGCCUGAAGGCUGACUGGCAGAUCCAGGCAUUAGAGAAGCAGAAAUGUGACGAUCUACAGCGCAGCCAGGGCUACCAUGAAGUUGCCACUCUUCUUAGGAAGAACAGAAGGAGAGAAAUAGAAAUCUUAAAUGCAAUGAUGGAGGAAGAGGCUAGGAAGUGGAAGGAAGCUGAAGAGAAGCAAUUUCAUUUGCAGUCAGAAAAGAAAGCGUCUGCCCUUUCCGAUGCCUCUAGAAGGUGGUUUCUAAAGCAGGAGACCAGUGCGGCUUUGGAACGUGGAGAUUCGCUGAGCAAAGAUGUACCCUGGUUGCAAAGGGAAGACAUGGCCUCAACCCAUUUGUCCCAAACCUCUCAAUUAAAUGAUGUUCCGGAAAUGGAUCCCUCAACACAGAACAAGGCUCCACUCAGGCAACCCUGCCCCUCCAGCCUGCACACACAGCAGACCAGCUGGAGCUUAGACUCACACCCAGUUUUUUCAAGUAAGAAAACAAAAGAAUGGAACCACACAGACUACGAACUUCUCAAGAAAGUGAGAAAUCUUCGCGAGAGACUCACAGCCCAAGCUCGGAAGAGGUGUGAGCCUCCUCAUCUCUUGGUGACAUAGAAGGCAUUUCAACAUGAAACAAUCAGAGAUUUCUUUUUAAGAUCAAUGGCACUGAUUUUUCAAUUAUUUAUUCUAAUUUUUUAUAAAGGUCAGCCUUUUGUAUGGAGAAAUAUGUCUAUAAAAUUAUGUUUUCUAUUGAAUUAUAAAGCUUUUGGCUUGUAAAGGGCUUCUGAAAUGUUUUACGAUAAAGGUUUUUGGAAACUAUUAAA